AUGGCCCCCAUCCCCAUCACGAUCGUGACCGGCUUUCUGGGCUCGGGCAAGACGACGCUGAUCCUGGGACUGGUGCCGCAGCUGCGGGCGGCCAACCCGGACUACCGGCUGGCGCUGCUGAAGAACGAGUUUGGCGAUCUGGCGGUGGACUCGCAGCUGGCGGCCUCGGGCGCCGUGGCUGGCGUGCGCGAGCUGCUCAACGGCUGCAUCUGCUGCAACCUGGUCGGCCAGCUGGGCGAUGCGCUGGCGGAGCUGACGGCCGGCAGCGCGGACGCGCCGCAGCCGUCGCGCAUCGUCAUCGAGACGUCUGGGUCGGCCUUUCCGGCGACGCUGGCGCUCGAGAUCAACCGGCUGGCCCGCAAGACCGGCGGCGCCUAUGUGCUCGACGGUGUCGUCAGCGUCAUCGACGUCGAGAACUGGCAGGGCUACGAGGACACCAGCUACACGGCCCGCUUACAGGCCCGCUACACCGACCUGGUCGUCUUCAACAAGUGGGAGGCCGCCAGCGAGCGCCGCUUCGACGAGUGCCUCGACCGCCUCGGCGAUCUGCACGGCGGCGCCGAUGCUGCCAGCGAGGUCGCCUGGGUCAAGAGUCAUCGCGGCCGCGUCGAUGCUGACCUCGUCUUUGGCAUCGACGGUGGCCUGCUGGCACGGGCGCUGGGCGAAGCCGCCGCUGAUGCUGGCGACGACGUCGAGGCGGCCCGCCUGGUCGGCCUGACGACCGAGAAAAAGGACCACGAUCACGACCAUCCAGAUCACCAGCAUGCCAGCGACCAUCAGUCCGAGGUCGACGUCCUGUCCGUCACCCUGGCGCCCUCUACUGAUCCGACGGCGGCUGUCGACCUCACCAAGCUGACCGCCCUCCUCAAGGCCGCUCCCAAAGACGAGGUCUACCGCAUCAAGGCCCUGCUGACCGUCUCGGCUGCCUCCCGGGCCCAGCUGCAGAACUCAGACGACAGUGUGCCGGUGCAGGAGAUCGACGCCCCUGCAACGUCUUCCAUCGCUCGCUACAUCCUCAACUGGGCCUUUGGCCGCUGGACCUUUACGCCCGUCGCUGCAGGCCUGACCGAACAUCCGUCCGGCAGCGAGGCCGCUCUGCGCAUGACCGUCAUCCUGGCUCGCUACGAGGCCACCAAGUGGACUAAAAAGCUGAACAGCGGUGGCUUUCUCGCACUGGAGGGCGAUGACGCCGGCACGCUCACCGUCACCAAGGUGGCAUAG